AGAAGGAGGGGGAGGAGGAGGAGGAGGAGAAGGUGGUCCUGGCGGGCAUUUCCGGGUACGGUUAGUUCUGUAGAGGUGAAGUUGUUGGACCAUCCGGUCCAGAACAUGAUCCAGAGAGGAACCAGAACCCAAAGGUGCCGAACCUGACCGGAACCAGAAGAACCGGACCGGGUUCGGUUCGUCAUGUCCGGCCGGAGAGGCGGGAAAACCUUGAUCAUCACAGACGAUGAGGAGGAGGUCCAGAACCAGGAUGAGCUGAACCCGUUCUCCUUCAGAGAGUUUCUGCGCUGGAAGAACCAGGACCAGAACCAGGACCAGGACCAGACCGAGGAGGCUUGGGGGCGGAGCUUCGUGGAUGGGAGCCUGUCCAUCUGCUCUACCAAGGAUAAUGAGGACGAUGAAGAGGAGACAAGCAACUCCAGGUUUUCCUCCAAACCAGAAGGAGGCGCAGGAGAGAACUAUGAAGGAGAUGAUGAGACGUUGGUGAGUGAAGCAGCCGGACCCAGUAGGACCAGAACCGGGUCGAGCAGCCAGGUCCAGCAGCUGAAGGAGGAGAACGCCUCGCUCAGGAGGACCAUCAUGGAGCUGCAGAGGAGCGCCCAUGUCCAGCAGAGCAGGGUGUCGGAGCUGAACGAGGAGCUCUUGCAGAGGAGGCGUCAGGAGGAGAAGGAGGCGCAGGACCUGGAGAACAUGGUCCAGUCUGUGGAACAGAACCUGCAGCUGAUGACGAGACGAGCAGUGAAGGCAGAGAGCAGCGUCUCCAGGCUAAAGACGGAUCUUCAGCAGCUGCAGGUGGAGAUGGACUCCCUACGGGCAGAAAACGAGCGUCUGAAGGCUGCAGAAUCUCAGGUUGUCAUGACGAUGAGACAAAAUGCUCAGAUGGCAUCGGAUUACCUAAAUAAGUCAGCAAGCCACGCCCACUCCUCCAUCAGCUGCUGCAGGAAGCAGACACUUUCCGUUUGGUCUCUCAGCUCCUGAAGUCCAUCGAUAAGAUCUCCACGGAAACCUAAAAUCCUGCACUUCAGGAUGCGGUCGCCAUGGAAACGAAAAGACAGGACGAUGGUAGCCCUGGGCAUCUUCUUCACUUUGGACUCAUUUUUACUUUGAGAUGAAGAAAAAUACCGAAACUUUUACUGUUGGGUUGAUUUCUGUCACCUGAUAAAAUCCUCUAGUUCCCAAAAACCUCUUCAACAUUUUAUUUUGGUUUUACUGCAGAAUAAAUACUGAAUUUAUUGUUAAAAAGGUAUGAUCUAAAGCUGCCUGAUCAAUAAAGGUUUCUACUACUUUUCAUCAACAGCUUUAAUAAAAACGCAGAAAAUGUUGUAGAAGGA